GAGGAGAAGAGGAGGAGAGGAGAAGAGGAGAGGAGGAGAGAGCGAAAACGAGCAUGCGCAGAAACCAGGGCGGCGCGUCCAGAGGAGGAGGGGAGAAGGAAGGGAGAAGGAGAGUUCAGGGGGUACUGGAGGCGGGGACGGCUCCUGGGCGCAAGACGUGUAACCAUGAGUAUUGACUGGAUUGGUUUUGGAUAUGCUAGCAUAGUAGCAUUUGGAGGCAUUUUGGGAUAUCAUCGCAAAGGAAGCAUUGUAUCUUUGGUUGCUGGUCUUUUCUUUGGCUUGUUGUCGGGUUAUGGAGCCUACCGUGUGUCCCGUGACCCCCGAGAUAUCAAAGUGUCACUAUUCACGACCUUUUUUCUGGCCAUGAUCAUGGGCAUGAGGUUCAAGAGAUCUAAGAAACUCAUGCCAGCAGGGAUUGUGGCUGGCCUAAGCCUCUUGAUGAUUCUGAGACUCGUCUUGAUGCUCACAUGAGAAUCCUCAGCUGCCAAGGACAUAAUUCCCAUCCUUCUACUACAGCAGACUAAAUAUAUUCUUUGUACUUGAAAGAUAAGUUUCAGCAAGAAAUGUCAAGCUUCUGUAAGAAAAAAACAAACAACUAACAAACUGACACAUCUCAUCUUAGCCUUAGUUUGCAAGCUUUUUGUUUUUUUAACCAAAAAAAUUUUUUUGAGUGUUUUCUAGUUGACAAACAUCAUUUCGUAACGAAUCGUGUCUCAUUAACCCUCAUUUUCUCUUCUUUUAUUUACGAUAGAAGGUGCAAAACCAUUGUCCAUAGUUAAAAAUUUUAAAAGUCUUUUGUAUUUGUUUACUGAAAACUCCAAAUACUGAUGUCACUGACCAAAAGUUUACAUGAAAAUAAAACUUGUCUGAUAAUAGUAUGCCUUAUGUGUGGUUUAACUAAAAUACUAACCGAUUGACCUAGUCUUUGUCUUGCAAGCUGCAUAGGAAAUACUUUUGUUCUGAAUUUUAAAUUUUAUUCUACCCUCUGCACACACUUGAUGUAGGAGCAGAGUGUAACUAGUAUUCUAAUAAAAAGUUCUUCUAUUUUAAA